UUAGUUGUGAAACAGUAUCGCCCCUAUGGCUUCAUGCUGCAGAAAUCCCAUUAAUCGCCUCGCUGUGUGGACUGUAUAACACGGGAAUCUUAUUGUCUGCUGGGCUGUGUUUCUUAUUUAAAUUGAUGCGUUGUUGACACCUUAAUUACUGGCAGAGGGGGCCUGCAGUGCAUUGCAGCGAGGCACUGAGAGGGUUAAGCGUAUGAGGUUAAUUUUGGGGCGGAAAUAUAUAUAGAGAGAGAGUUUUUUUAUUUCCUCCGUUAGCACUGCAGAGAUGAGCAGUGUGGAUCUCGCCCCACAGAGAAUGCCUUUUGUAUUGGACGCAAAGUCAGGUAGUCUACGGAUCACGGAACGCUAUUAGUAUCAUGUCGCACAGCCCCGGAGCCUGCGUUUAGAUCGGAGUCUGCAAGAAUUCUAUGCCAUAGGAGGCUGCUUCUUCACCUGAGACUGCUCGCCGUAGUGGGAGAGAGAUGCUCUCCCUGCUUUGCCUUGGAUGGAUGGAGAUUUGCACGCACAAACACCGGUGCCAGCCUCAUGCCAAGGCGUUGGGGCACCUGCAGUAGGUGGCACCUCUCGCUAGCAGCCGAGGGCUCGGCAGCAAGAGCAUCCCCCUUCUGCGGAGGUGCACCAGCCCCCUAAAAAUAAUACUAGCAAUUAAACUGCCCCCUUUUUCUGAAGACCUGCUUGAGUGUUGCACAUACAGAUGAGGAGAUUUUGCCGGGGAUGCUGAGAUGGAAUGUUCUUUUCACAAUCUGGGAUUCGGCGGCACUACAAGGCGUUAACCCUUGCUAUUCCACGUCUACCAUGCCCGGGGCUUGUAUUUACCAUCUCUGCCAGCGUCGGUAGGCAUUGAUGUGGGUAUCUUCUGGCUGAAGUUUUGGACCAUGCACUAAAUGAGGAUUUUAGCAGAAAAACAUUUUGAAACCUAAUCCUAUUUUUUUUACCCAAUCCCCAAAGCCUUUAAUUUAUUUUGGUAUAUUUUGAAUGCUAUAAUUAUUAUAUUAUUCUUGAAAAUGAGGAUUCAAGCAAGCAAGCCUCUUCCUUUCCAUUUAUGGACCCUUUUAUUUUUUGGGGUCUCCUGGAUUCUUCCAGGGGAUGGAUCCCCCAAGCCAUUUAGAACUUUUGUGGGCAGUGAUUGGAGCUUGACUCAUCUGGUGGUGCACAAUAAAACGGGGGAAGUGUAUUUGGGGGCUGUCAACAGGAUUUUCAAACUUUCGAGCAAUUUAACCCUCCUGCGCGUCCAUGUCACGGGACCUGUGGAGGACAAUGAGAAGUGUUACCCUCCGCCCAGUGUCCAGUCCUGCUCUCAUAACCUCGUCACAACAAAUAAUGUUAAUAAGCUGCUGCUAGUGGACUACUCUUUGGACCGGCUUAUAGCUUGUGGCAGUGCCUCUCAGGGCAUAUGCCAGUUUCUGCGUCUUGGUGACCUCUUCAAGUUAGGAGAGCCUCACCACCGCAAGGAGCACUACCUCUCCAGUGUUAAUGAAUCUGGGACCAUGUCUGGAGUCAUUAUUGAGGUUCCCAACGGGCAGAACAAACUUUUUGUUGGAACACCCAUAGACGGGAAGUCCGAAUACUUUCCAACUCUCUCUAGUAGGAAACUGUUGUCCAGUGAAGAGAACGCGGAGAUGUUUGGCUUUGUCUACCAGGAUGAGUUUGUGUCUUCACAGCUCAAGAUCCCCUCAGACACGCUGUCCAAAUUCCCCACCUUUGAUAUAUACUAUGUAUACAGCUUCAACAGCGAGCAGUUCGUUUACUACUUGACCUUACAGCUAGACACACAGUUGACUUCUCCAGAUUCCACCGGAGAACAGUUCUUUACAUCCAAAAUUGUCCGUCUGUGUGUGGAUGACCCAAAGUUCUAUUCCUACGUGGAGUUUCCCAUUGGCUGCAUGAAAGAUGGCGUGGAGUAUCGCCUUAUACAGGAUGCCUACCUGAGCAAGCCUGGUAAACGCCUGGCCAAAGAGUUGGGCAUCUCUGAAAGGGAAGACAUUCUCUUCACCGUCUUCUCACAGGGGCAGAAAAAUAGAAUCAAACCACCCAAAGAAUCUGUUCUCUGUCUGUUCACCUUGGGGAAGAUCAAGGAUAAAAUUAAGGAACGCAUUCAGUCCUGUUACAGAGGCGAAGGAAAAUUGUCCCUGCCUUGGCUCUUAAACAAAGAGUUGAUUUGCAUUAAUUCGCCCCUGCAGAUCGACGAUCACUUCUGUGGUCAGGAUUUUAAUCAGCCUCUCGGAGGGACAGUCACCAUUGAAGGAACGCCACUUUUCGUGGAUAAGGAGGAUGGCAUGACAUCCGUGGCGGCCUAUGAUUAUCGAGGGCACACGGUUGUGUUUGCUGGCACCCGCAGUGGCAGGUUGAAGAAGAUCCUGGUGGACUUGUCUAGCCCCUCCUCCCACGCCACGCAGCAGUAUGAGAACGUGCUGGUCCAUGAAGGAAAUGCCAUCCUGAGGGACUUGGUUCUGAGCCCUGACCGGCAGUAUAUCUACGCUAUGACGGAGAAACAGGUCACCCGUGUGCCGGUGGAGAGCUGCGAGCAGUACCAGAGCUGUGACACCUGCCUGGGCUCCCGUGACCCUCACUGCGGCUGGUGUGUGCUACACAAUACGUGUUCUCGGAAAGACAAAUGCGAGCGGGCAGAUGAGCUUCACCGCUUCACCACCGACCAGCGGCAAUGUGUCCAACUUACUGUACACCCCAGAAACAUCUCUGUCACCAUGUCGGAGGUCCUGAUGGUUUUACAAGCCUGGAAUGUCCCUGACCUCUCUGCUGGGGUGAACUGCUCGUUUGAGGAUUUCACAGAGAUGGAAGGACACAUCGAGGAAGGAAAGAUCUACUGCAGUUCUCCCUCCGCCAGGGACGUGAUCCCCAUCACACGAGGCCAGGGGGACAAGAGAGUGGUUAAACUUUAUCUUAAGUCCAAAGAAACCUGGAAGAAGUUUGCCAGCGUGGACUUUGUGUUCUACAACUGCAGCGUCCACCAGUCCUGCCUCUCCUGUGUGAAUGGAUCCUACCCUUGCCACUGGUGCAAGUACCGGCACGUGUGUACCCACAACGCAGCGGACUGCUCCUUCCAGGAAGGCCGAGUGAACAUGUCAGAGGACUGUCCUCAGAUUCUGCCCUCAACUCAGAUCUACAUCCCGGUUGGAGUGGUGAAGCCGAUCACACUGACCGCCAAGAACCUCCCUCAGCCCCAGUCCGGCCAGCGCAAUUACGAGUGCAUCUUCCACAUCCCGGGCAGCGUGACGCGAGUGACCGCCCUCCGCUUCAACAGCACCAGCAUCCAGUGCCAGAACACCUCGUACACCUAUGAGGGAAAUGACAUUAGCGACCUGCCGGUGAACCUCUCCGUCGUCUGGAACGGACAUUUUGUCAUUGAUAACCCACAGAACAUCCAAGCCCACCUGUACAAGUGCUCAGCACUGCGGGAAAGCUGCGGCCUGUGCCUCAAGUCGGAUCCACGCUUCGAGUGCGGCUGGUGCGUGACCGAGAGGAAAUGUACUCUGCGCCAGAACUGCCCGGUGUACGAUAGCACGUGGAUGCACGCCAGCACACCCCAAAGCCGCUGUACAGACCCCAAAAUCACCAAGCUGUCUCCUGAGACCGGGCCCAGGCAAGGAGGAACUCGGCUGACGAUUACCGGAGAGAACUUGGGGCUGAGGUUUGAGGACAUCCGCUUUGGUGUGAGGGUUGGACAAGUUAUGUGUGUCCCAAUUGAGAACGAGUACAUCAGCGCUGAGCAGAUCGUGUGUGAGAUUGGGGAGGCGAAGCAGCCUCGUGAUGCCACCGUUGAGGUGUGUGUGAGGGACUGCUCUAAGGAAUACAUGACCACUGCUCCAAAGUCCUUCACGUUUGUGAGCCCACAUUUUUACCGUGUGACCCCGGCCCGUGGCCCCUUGUCUGGUGGCACCUGGAUUAACAUAGAGGGAAGCAACCUGAAUGCUGGCAGCGACGUGUCAAUAGACAUCGGAGGACGUCCCUGCAGCUUCUCAUGGAGGACGGCCAAGGAGAUCCGCUGCAAGACCCCGCAGGGCCAGAGCCCAACUAGCGCUGAGAUUCUGAUUCACAUCAAUCGCGCAAUGCUCCGCAACCCGGAGGUGAAGUAUAAUUAUACGGAGGAUCCUACCGUGCAGAAGAUAGAGCCGGAGUGGAGCAUUGCCAGUGGUGGAACCCCUCUUAUUGUCACUGGGAUAAACCUGGCGACUAUUAGGGAACCGAAAAUACGUGCCAAAUACGGAGACACUGAGCGUGAGAAUAACUGCACGGUGUACAAUGACACAACCAUGGUGUGCUUAGCCCCUUCCAUCGAAAAUCCUCUGAGGACUCCCCCGGAGAAUGGAGACCGGCCGGACGAGAUCGGUUUUAUCAUGGACAACGUCCAAGCCCUGCUCAUCGUGAACACGACCAACUUCAUCUACUACCCAGAUCCCGUGUUCGAGCCACUGAGUCCGUCAGGAAACUUAGAACUGAAGCCGAGCUCUCCUCUUAUCAUCAAGGGCCGGAACCUUCUGCCAGCCGUUCCUGGGAAUUUCCGCCUUAACUAUACAGUGCUGAUUGGGGAUACUCCGUGUGCGCUCACAGUGUCCGAGACGCAGCUCCUCUGCGAGUCGCCAAACCUUACUGGACAACACAAAGUAACAAUCAAAGCCGGAGGUUUCGAGUUUUCGCCUGGCACUCUGCAGAUCUAUUCCGACAGUCUCUUGACCCUACCGGCAAUUAUCGGUAUUGGGGGAGGAGGUGGACUGCUGUUGCUCAUCAUUAUCAUCGUCCUCAUCGCCUACAAGCGCAAGUCGAGAGACGCAGACCGCACCCUGAAGCGUCUACAGCUGCAGAUGGACAAUCUGGAGUCUCGAGUGGCCUUGGAAUGCAAAGAAGCCUUCGCUGAGCUGCAGACUGACAUCCAUGAGCUGACCAACGACCUCGACGGGGCCGGGAUCCCGUUCUUGGACUACCGCACUUACGCCAUGCGAGUCCUGUUCCCUGGCAUCGAGGACCACCCUGUCCUGAAGGAGAUGGAGGUUCAAGCCAACGUGGAGAAGGCUCUAAACCUAUUUGGGCAGCUCCUGAACAAGAAGCACUUCCUCCUGACCUUCAUCCGCACCCUGGAGGCCCAGCGCAGCUUCUCCAUGCGCGACCGUGGGAACGUGGCCUCGCUCAUCAUGACCGCAUUGCAGGGGGAGAUGGAGUACGCCACCGGCGUCCUUAAACAGCUCCUCUCAGACCUGAUCGAGAAGAAUCUGGAGAGCAAGAACCACCCAAAGCUGCUGCUGCGGAGAACGGAGUCUGUGGCUGAGAAGAUGCUUACAAAUUGGUUCACGUUUCUUCUGUACAAGUUCUUAAAGGAAUGUGCUGGUGAACCGCUCUUCAUGCUGUACUGCGCCAUCAAGCAGCAAAUGGAGAAAGGGCCUAUUGACGCCAUCACCGGAGAAGCGCGAUACUCGCUGAGUGAGGACAAGCUGAUCCGCCAGCAGAUAGACUACAAGAUGCUGACGCUGAAUUGUGUGAACCCAGAGAAUGAAAACGCCCCGGAAAUUCCAGUCAAGGUGCUGAACUGCGACACCAUAACCCAGGUGAAAGAGAAGCUGCUAGAUGCCGUGUACAAGGGAGUCCCGUAUUCUCAGAGACCCAAAGCCGCGGACAUGGACCUGGAAUGGCGGCAGGGCAGAAUGGCCAGGAUUAUACUGCAAGACGAGGACGUAACAACCAAAAUAGACAACGACUGGAAACGCCUCAACACUUUGGCUCAUUACCAGGUUGGUGACCGUAUUGCAGCAGUCCCGCUUGCCGUGUCUGUAUUGCGGAGCGUUCUGCCGUUCCUGUAUGCGGUGUGUAUUUAUGUGCGCUCUGUAUUUGUGGUCCUGUUGGUACAGGUUAUAGACGGCUCUUCCGUGGCGCUGGUGCCCAAACAGAACUCGGCUUACAACAUUUCCAACUCGUCCACGUUUACCAAGUCUCUUAGUAGAUACGAGAGCAUGCUGCGGACAGCCUCCAGCCCCGACAGCCUGCGCUCCCGCACACCCAUGAUCACGCCUGACCUGGAGAGCGGCACAAAGCUCUGGCAUCUAGUAAAGAACCACGAUCACCUGGACCAGCGCGAGGGCGACAGAGGCAGCAAGAUGGUGUCCGAGAUCUAUCUUACCCGCUUGUUGGCCACCAAGGGCACCCUCCAGAAGUUUGUGGACGAUUUGUUUGAGACAAUAUUCAGCACGGCGCACCGCGGCAGCGCACUACCCCUCGCCAUCAAGUACAUGUUUGACUUCCUGGACGAGCAGGCAGACAAGCACCAGAUUACGGACUACGAUGUGCGGCACACCUGGAAGAGUAACUGCUUACCCCUGAGGUUCUGGGUGAAUGUCAUCAAAAACCCUCAGUUUGUAUUUGACAUCCACAAGAACAGCAUCACGGACGCCUGCCUCUCAGUGGUGGCGCAGACAUUCAUGGAUUCUUGUUCUACGUCGGAGCACAAGCUGGGCAAGGAUUCCCCGAGUAACAAGCUGCUGUAUGCCAAGGACAUACCCAACUACAAGAGCUGGGUGGAGAGGUAUUACGCAGAUAUCGCCAAAAUGCCGGUAAUCAGCGACCAGGACAUGAGCGCGUACCUGGCCGAGCAAUCGCGGUUACACCUGAGCCAGUUUAACAGUAUGAGUGCCCUGCAUGAGAUCUACUCCUAUAUCACCAAGUACAGAGACGAGAUAUUAACCGCACUGGAAAAGGACGAACAAGCGAGGAGACAGCGGCUACGAAGUAAAUUGGAGCAAGUUAUUGACACAAUGGCGCUGAGCAGUUGAAGUCCAGGGGGGGUCUGCACUAAGGGGUCUCGCAGCAGUGGCUGAGAAGAGAGAUGGGGGUCCUAUAUUCUGACCACACUCCAACGCAUGUGGCCUUCAAACCGACGAGCUGCCGAACUUGUCUGGAACUUUCUUGAAACCAUGAACAAAAAUAAAACACAUGUACAUAAAAGACUUUAGAGAUCAUUUCAAAGAAUGACAUAGAAACCUUUAUAAAUGAAAAAUAAACAAUUUUAAAGGACUCCUAAAAUUUCAAUACAAAUUAUGAUAUAGAUUUAAGACAAUGUAAGCUACUUGUGCGUUGGGGGAAGAGGAAGCACCCGCUGUGGCGAUGGCCGCAGAGGUGGAACGCGUGAUGCGACAGGACCGGACGUCACCUCCGGGAACGCAGCUAUUCUUUCAUCUGGCUCUCCAAUAUUCCCGGGCUGCCCUUUUCCGCCCUCAAAAGAAAACCUCUCUGGCUUUUUCGCCACUAGUGUUACUGCUACAUUUGCACAAUUUACUGAAAUUCCGGGGUUUUUAAAGAAAAAAAGAAAAGUACAAAAAAAACCAACAAAAACAGCGAUUGACGAAAAAGAAAAAAAAAUGGAAAAGAAAUGUGUUUGUGUUCUGAGGAAGGGGAGGAAAACAAGGCAGAACCAUCCCAUGUAUUCCCCUCGCAGGAAGGACAAAUUAAUUCAAAACCUUUGAUAUUUUUCUAAAAACUAUAUUCUGUGCCAUGUUUCAUUUCAAUGUUGUUUUAGUGAAUAAAAAUGCAAAAAAAAUAACAAAAAAGAAGAAUCUAGCUGUGCAAGUGGUGGGGAGGGAACGGUAGAGAUGUAUAGAGGGGGGGAAUCACGUGCGCAAAGACCGGAGAGUGGGGGUGACGAAUACAUUUCAAGUUUCUUACUAAACCCCCCCCGUGUAUGUUACUUUGGAAUGAAGUGUGUGAUUUUUAUUUUAGAGUUAUUGUUAGAUAUAUUACAGAUACGUAACUACAGGAAGCACAUUCAGUCUCGUGGCCCCGAUUACAUGAAUGUACGUAGAUGGUUCUGGCGGCAGGGCAAUCCCACGGUGCUUUGCUGCAGUAGAGAAUUAUGUGGCAUUACUAUAUAACCUCUAGCAUGGAGGUACAGGAGCCUGAGAACCGCUAAGUGCUUUCUUCUUAAUUUAUUAUAAAUUCCAGUUCUUGCCCCAGGAAAGGUCUUUGGGUGAAAUACACAUUGGGGAGUCCCCUAAAUCCAUUCUGCCUUCAUUGAAUAAUCCAAAAACGUGAAGGAUAAUAGUGUGGGCUAGCGCUGGUUGCAGGGGGUGGAUGCUGUUCCUGGCUUGUGAAUCAUUCUCAGUGGGCACUACGGCACAGGUAUCUUCCUUUCCUUACAAUUUGUGUUUUCAUGGCAAGAGGAUGCGGCAACACCUGGCACAGGCCAAAAAUGGUUUCAUGUACUUCUGGGGACCAGUGGUUAGCGCCUGACAUAAGUUAUUGUGAAAGCUGUGUAACUUAUAUUUAGUAAAAAAAAAAAACUGCAUUUUUUUUGUAUGUUUUCUACAUAGUAAACAAUUCAAUUGUUUGACUGCGCCUGAUCUCCCGUCUAAAGUGACAGGAGAUCGCGAGUCAAUAUUCAAUUCCCCACUUAUCACGCCCUUUAGAGUCUGGUUUAGGCGUGCAGAGCACCUAAACCCGACUAAACUAAUGGGCGCGAGCGUGAAAUGGAUCUUUUUACGCACAUUUCAUCUCGCCAUCCCCGGGGGGUGAAACUGCUGCAGGAUAUUAGACAUGCAGAUGUUACCCAACCCUUAGAUUAAUUGAGUAUAAUUCCUCCCUGAUUACGGUACAGGAACACAAUCUUUCUCCCAUUAAAGUGCACCAAAACAGCAGACGUGAAUGCUCUAUUUGCUGAAGCAAUAAUUGCGCCUCUGUAACAUCACUGGUGCCUUCAUAAAUACUAGUUAUUCCCCCAAACGGCUGUGCAAUUUACAUGCAGCAACAGUUGCUCUUGCUAGAGAUUUAUUAUAAAAUAUAUAGCUGAAGUCACGCCAAAAAGCCCCUCGUGGCACACUAGGUCCUGCGAGACACUGCUAGCGUCGGGUGCCUUUUGUUUGCAGUUUCUAUGCCGAAAAUGCGUCUUAGUUGUGACUAGGACACACCAGGGGACUGCGCUGAUUAAUGUGAUAUGUGACACUGGUAUAUCUGUAUGCGACCGAGUCUCUGACUCUGCAUACGAAGCGCCACAAUGUAGCAGACGCAGCUUUCUUUUCCCUACCAUGUUCUGUUCCUUAUAUAGAGUUGGUCACACGCAGUAUACAAUCACAUUACUCAGCGCAGUCUCCUGGUGCGUCCUAGUCGCCAUCAGAGUUGCACGGGGCCUGUCGGCUCACUUGCGCUGCAUGGCAUAUUGAGGCUAGAUGUGUGAGGACAUACGUGUAUAUAUACCUCACAUUGAAUAUGGUCGAUAUUAAUAAGUCAGGCAUGACAAAGACGAAAAGUUGUCUCAACAGCAUUGAGCUAUAGCUAAAAAUAGGGCGAUUUCUCAUUAAACGUCUUACUUUGAUGUAAAAUGUUAUCAUUCAUCAGAGAUUCCCCAGAGAUACGCAAGAAACCCCAACAGGUCAUGUUUUCUGGAUUUCUUUCACUGGUGAGUUAAUCUAUUUUGCUCAGUAAUUCUCCCACCUGCUGCCACAGACAAAUGCUGAAAACAUGACCGCUGCUGAGAGCCCCUGGUAUACAUCUAGGUGCAAUGUAUGUGUAUACAAUAAAUAUAUAUAUAUAUUAUCUUAAGUGCACUGAAAGGUAAGAGCGUGUUUAAUGAUACGUAAUGAAUGUUACAUUGAUUUGUACCUAUGCUCACCUACACAAAUGUGAAUCUGUAGAACGGUCGACACCACCAAUUCCUUCAGUCUGACCAUAUUCUGCUCUUGUUUUACCUCAACCUACAGACCUUUUAAUAAAGUGCUAUAAAUUGGGAUGAAUCAAAUGCUUCCACCUUAAUACCAUUCACCACAUUUGGAAAGUAAGGGGUCUAUUUACUAAAGCCUUGGACGGAGAGAAAGCCGCUGGAGAUAAAGUACCAGCCAAUCAGCUCCUAACUGUCAUGCAACAGGCUGUGUUUGAAAAAUGACAGUUGAGCCGUUUGGCUGGUACCUUAUCUCCAGCGACUUCAUCUACAUCCAAGGCUUAGUACAUAGACCCCUAAGAGUGAAACCGGAGCAGAACAUUGUUGGAAUGAUGCAAAGAAACAAAGGAAAUGGCGCUCAUAUCUUUGUAGCGGGCAGAGGGGUAACAGCGACUUCAGGCAGAAGUGGCCUUGUGAUCAUGUACUGCUGCUGGUGGUGGCAGUAUGAGAAGAUGAUCAGGGCAAUAACCUGCAGAUUCAUCUCCUCAUAUAUGGUACUGAACUAUAGAAAAUGCAAUAUUGGGCUGGCCGACAGCAUCGUAGUCCCAGGUUGCCCCCUCCGACGUAUGGCCAUCUUGUUCAUGGUGAUAGGGUUCUUACAUAUGUUUGCUCAUUACUAGUAUACUGUGAUUGAGGUAUCUACUGUAUAUCAGCGGUGAUCCCAAAAGUCACAUAUGGCCCAUCAGUCAGGUUCAACGCUAUUAUCUAAAGGGGAGGAUGGAUCAAGCCUUGUAGAGUGAUGCAAGCUGAGCGGCGGCUUUGGCCAACUUUUCCACUUUAUCUCGCUCCAAGGCUUGAUACAUCCCACCCAGUCAUUUACACUAUUUGGUCUUUUCUUAAAACUAUAUACUUGCAUUAGCGCUAACAAACAUGUCCUUGUAUGUACCCAAGCUCCCAGUCACUGAGGGGAUCUGUAUAGAAUACCUACAAUCAAAAUCCCGACAAGGUCAAAAUAAUGACAUUUAAAAUACCGACAAGGUCAAAAUACCGACAUUUAAAAUGUCGACAGGUCAAAGAAAUCGACACGUUUUUCAUUGUUAUUUUUUUAUGUCAACAUAGGUUGACAUGGACACCGUAUAAGUGUACCAUGUCCCCUCACCAUGCUUCGGGCUCGGCACACUAUUAUAUAUUCCCCGUCCAGGUCCAUUGGGAUGGUAAAAUAUGAACAAUAUGUCGGUUUCAAUAAAAAUAAAAAAACAUGAAAAACUCGUGUCGAGUUUUUGACCUGUCGACAUUUUAAAUGUUGGUAUUUUGACCUUGUCUGUAAUUUAAAUGUCGGGGUUUUGACCUUGUCUGGAUUUUUAUUUUAGGUAAAUUGACCGCAUCCUACCGUGAGGCUGUCCCUUCCCUGUCUGCGAAGCUUUCACCCAAUGUCUGACAUACAGGACGAUUAAAGGGAAGCCAACAUCAAAAAAUUUUAUGCAUCUUUUAAAUGCAGUAAAUCCCCAGACGCUGUAUGUGAAACGCUCUCGUUGCCACGGUUUGUUUCACGGUGCGGACGUUGUAUGCGGGGAUGAUACCUAGUCAACCGUUACAUCUGCCGAAGGGAAACGAAAUAACGAAAUCGAUACUUUAAAUGCCGGAUCUUAUAAAGGGGGUUGUAUGUAUGGAAUGUACCCACAUGGAGUUGGCACAAUGGUCUUGCAGGGUGUUGCCAAGUCCUCUGGCCGUUGGAGGGUUACAAAUUAGGAGAAUUUGCUUUAAUCAGAACCGCAUCUCUUUAAACCCAUUUUUGUUACUAGAGCUACUUUCUGUUCCCCCCCCCCUCCCCCCCACGGGACUUUCAGCAAGAGUUGGGGAAGGGGGGGUUAGUGAUGUGUACUCUUAACCCCUCCAUUGCUGCAGUGAAGUGGAGUGAUGGCCGAUUUCGGUCUGUGGCAAAAAAAAAAAACCCUCUUGAUUGUGACUCGAAGCCCCGCUGAGCCAUCCUCUGUAAAUAUCUUACUAUUUUAAUGUUGCUCAGAUUUAGUACUUGUAAAUAAAAUCCUCGCAUCAAAGAGAUUAAACAUUUUUGCUAAAUAAAA